GCUUCCGGGUGGCGGCGGCGGCGGGGCCUCCCACCCCGGCACCGCGCCCGGUGGAUGGCGGUGGCGCGGAGCAUGGGGCCGGAGCGGGUGUGUCCCGAGGAACCGGGGCCGCCGGAGGCCCCCGACGGUGCGGCGGGCUGGAGCGGUGACGAGGAGGAAGAAGAAGAAGAGGAGGAGGAGGAAGAAGAAGAAGAAGGCGGCGGCGGGUAUCUGUACCAGCCGCUGAGCCAAGAGCCGGAGCAGGGCCCCGGUGAGGCGGGCCCCCCCGCCGCCCCGGCGGGCUGCGCUGAGGCGGGCCCCGGCCUGCAGGAGCGGCUGCAGAUGCUGAGGCUGCACCUGCCCGACCCGCCGGUGGACAGCGAGGAGGAGGAGGAGGAUGAGGAGGCGGCGGCGGCUGCGGAAGGCGCAGCGGCUCAGAGCAGCCGAAGCUCCAUCCCCAUGGAUGCAGAGCACGUGGAGCUGGUGAAGAGGACGAUGGCCGGCGUGAAGCUUCCCACCCUGGGCAUCCCCGCCUGGGCCAGCCAGAUCUCGGAGGACCAGUGGAGGGACGUGGUGCAGCGCACGCUGCAGGCCCGGCAGAGCCUCGGUGGCCCCAGGCCCGAGUGGAAGUGAGGGCUGAGCUGCGGCGCGGGGGCUGCUAACCCCAGCCCUCCCUCCGCCGCGCAGGCGAGGCAGGCAGCCGCCGCCUCGGCGCCGAGCGGUGACGGGACUUGCCGGCAUCGACCUUCCAGUUUCUCCCACUGACGUUGUCCGACUUCCCUUCCCACUCCUCCUUCCUGGUUCUGGCUGGCGCGUAAGUCCCCGCGAUGUCCUUGUGUUGGCUUCCUCUGCCUGCGAGGAGCCCGACCUGUUUCCAUACCCGUACACGUGCGGAGGGAGGGGGGUUGGCCGGCUUUGCCCAUAUUCCCUUGGGACAAACGCUGGAUUCGUCCCUGUGCUGUCGGUGCUGAAGAAGUCCCUCUCCGCGCUAGGGGACCUCCUCCCAGGAGAAGGGCUGUGUGUUGGAGUAUCAGAGGUGGAGUCCAAUGUGUCUUUCCAAGAGAUCGGUUUUAUUUAGUUCUGUACAUACAGGGACAUCUGUACAAAAUCCAACACUUUCAUACUAUGUAAUGCUCUACUGAAAAUAAAGUACACCAUAUGUACAUAUGAA